AUGAUAUCCGGUCGGGGUGGCUCCAUGGGCCGCGGUGGCCGUAUUCGGCCUCCUCGAAGGCCCAUGGUCCCGGCAAGCGGUCCGAACGAUUUCGAGCAGUGCUGGGAGAAGCUGCAAGACGCCCUUCGGGACAUUCAUAACAGGAAUGCCGGCAAUCUCUCAUUCGAGCAACUAUACCGCUACUCAUACAAGAUUGUUCUUCAAAAGUCGGGAGGCUUGCUCUACGAUCGCGUCAAAGAGUUCGAGGAGAAUUGGUUUGCGAAAGAGGUUAUGCCGCCAAUUCUCAACCUCGUCUCGAAGAACCUGAUAAGCGUCACGCUUCACGAGAACUCUGGCACGAGUGUCGUGGAUCGGCGGGCCAUGGGCGAGAAGUUUCUCAAGGGCAUCAAGAGCUCGUGGGAGAGCCACAACAUAUCAAUGAAUAUGAUUGCCGACAUCCUCAUGUAUCUCGACCGCGGAUACACGCAGAACUAUAGCCGACCGAGUAUUUAUGCGAGCACGAUCGGUCUCUUCCGCGAUCACAUCCUCCGAGCCUCGUUGCGCGAGAACGGGUCAGACUGCCUCCUCUUCGAUAUUCUCAAUGCGACCAUCAUUGACCAGAUCAACAUGGAGCGCGAAGGCGAUGUCAUUGACAAGGCGCUACUGCACAGCUGUGUCACCAUGCUGGAGGACCUUUUUGAAACAGACGAGGAGAACGAGGAGCAGCGGCUAUACCUCACGACCUUCGAACCUGUCUUCUUGGAAAACAGCCAAGAUUUCUACCAGCGCGAGUGCGAGAAGCUGAUUCGAGAAGCUGACGCCGCUGCAUGGCUGCGACAUACCCAGAAGCGAAUCUCGGAGGAGGCUACGCGGUGCAGGACAACGAUCUCAAACAUGACGUACAACAAGAUUGUCAAGGUCAUCGACGACGAACUCAUCUCGAAGCACCUGCGCGAAUUUCUGGCGCUGGAAGGCAGUGGGAUUCGCGCAAUGAUCGACAACGACAGGCUAGAGGACCUAUCGAUUCUGUACGACCUCGUCACACGCAUCGACUCUACCAAGGAGCCACUUCGUCAUGCUCUCGCCAGCCGAGUCGUGGCACUGGGGAUGGAGAUCGAGCAGGUGCUCAAGAGCACUGAUUUUUCGACAGCUCAGCAGAGCGCAGAGCAGGCCGAGCCCGGGGAAGGUGCUGGCGAGAAGCCCAAGGCCAAGCUGCUUAAUGCUGCUGCUCAACAGACUGCCGCGGCCAUCAAAUGGGUCGAUGAUGUACUGAAGCUCAAGGACAAGUUUGAUCGCCUCUGGACGGAUUGCUUCCGCGAGGACAAUCUUGUCCAGACAUCGCUCACAAACAGCUUCUCCGACUUCAUCAAUGCUUUCGAUCGUAGUUCCGAAUACGUCUCGCUUUUCAUCGAUGACAACCUCAAGCGCGGAAUCAAGGGCAAGACUGAGGCCGAGGUCGAUGUCGUACUGGAUAAGGCGAUCACAUUGAUCCGCUAUCUUCGAGAAAAAGACAAGUUCGAGCAGUAUUAUCAGAAACACUUGGCACGACGACUCCUGCACGGAAAAUCGGAAAGCGCAGACGUUGAGAGAGAAAUGAUCUCUCGCAUGAAGCGCGAGCUUGGGAACAACUUCACACAAAAGUUUGACGGCAUGUUCAAGGACAUGCAGACGUCGCAAGAAGAGACCGAAAAGUAUCGCAAGCAUGUCCGUGGACUUGGCGCCAACGACGAGAAGCAGAUCGAACUCAACAUCAGUGUUCUUGCGGGCAAUCAUUGGCCCAAAGAGGUUAUGGGUCGUCAGUCUGGCUUGGCCGACGGGUCAAAGGUCAACGCGAACUAUCCCAAGGACAUUGAACGCCUCAAAGCCAGCUUCUUCGAGUUUUACUCCAAGGAGCGUAGCGGUCGUGUUCUGACUUGGGUCGGUACAGCUGGCACUGCAGACAUCAAAUGUGUCUUUCCCAAGAUUGAGGGCAAGGCGUCUGGCCCACUUAGCAAAGAGCGGCGAUAUGAGCUCAACGUGUCGACGUACGGCAUGAUAGUGCUUAUGCAGUUCAACGACCUGGCUGAUGAUUCCUGGCUCUCGUUCGAGGAGAUACAGGCUCAGACCAACAUUCCGCAGCCCGAUCUCAUCAACGUUCUUACCUCGUUGUCGGCCAUCAAGAUCUAUCGGGUUCUCCUCAAGGAUCCCCCAAACAAGCAUGCAGCAAAGCCCGGUGAUCGUUUUGCAUUCAACCGCGAGUUUGUCAGCAAGACAAUCAAGCUCAAGGUGCCUGCUGUCAAUGCGGCAAACAGAGUUGAGUCUGAGGAGGAACGCAAGGAGACUGAGCAGAAGAACCUCGCAACCAGGAUGUACAUCGUCGACGCGGCCAUCGUCCGCAUCAUGAAGCAACGCAAGGAGCUCAGCCACACUCAGCUCAUCACCGAGGUCAUCCAGGUUCUGACCAACCAGUUCCAGCCUGACGUGCCGAUGAUCAAGAGGCGCAUCGAGGAGCUCAUCUCGCGAGACUAUCUGGAGCGUCUCGACGACACGUCUGCAUACAGAUACGUGGCAUAG